AUUGGAUACAAGAGAUAUUUGCGCGUUCGAGAACAAAUUCAGUGAAAUCAAAACACAAUGAAAAACUAUAAAUUGAAAUAAUCAGCAAUGCUGGAACGUCUUCUUUACGUUUUUGAAAGCUAAAUUUAUCGCAGCCCAUGCACGGUCCGUUGAAGCUUAACAUGCUGACGCGAUAUUGACGUAGAAAGAGGUCUAAAAUGGCACAAACGGCAGACGUGGCUUGUUCUCAUGGAGUUGAAAAUGAUGGAUUGGAUCUUGAUGGAAAUGUGAAAGACAUACCGAAUGUUGUUGCGGAUAGUGAAGAGAUCAGAGUGGAACAAAAUAAUGCUGAUAUUGGGGUCGAUAAUUUGAUAAGCAGGGAAGUCGCUGAAAUCAUCAUUCAUGAGAAGGGGAAUAAGGACGAAAUGGCACGUUGUGCAGAACUGGAAUUAGCCAUCGCUCAUUGCAAGAAACGUUUGCGAAGGAUCGGUGAUGAUGAGAGGAGUAUCGAACGGAUGCAACUCAUGGGAAAACUUGUGCAAUAUCAGCUUGAACUUGACGCUUUAAAGGAAGAGUUAUCUGACCCAGUGCAAAGAAUUCGAGCUUUGCGUGCGAUAACUGUGAUGGGACACCAGUUUUCCUUGCAAUCAGCUACUGGUCGAAAUCCAUAUUGUGAAGUUUGCUUAUCUACGAUUUGGCGUUUGAUACAACGUUACCGACGAUGUAACAAUUGUGGUUUCCGAUCACAUGACAAAUGUGUGCAGCACGUUUUGCGCUACUGUGCUAACAUUAAAGCGAACAAUAUUUUCUUUAGGCCAAGGAUAGAAAUUUGUGAGGAGCGUGGACUUGAUCUACAAAACUACAAAUGUGCAGAGUGUCACCACCCUUUGCAAUUUGAUGGUACAACUGAUGGUGAACCACGGUUGUGUGACUACAACGGCCAUUAUUAUUGUCCACGUUGUCACUGGAACGAUGAAUGGUUUAUUCCGGCUCGCAUAAUACACAAUUGGGAUUUCAGCAAGUAUAAGGUUUGUCGAGCUUCAAAGCAGUUAUUGGUUAUCAUCGAAAGGCGACCACUUUUCAGUAUUUUGAAGUUGAAUCCAGGACUAGUGAAUUAUGUUGAUCAACUAGCCAAAAUAAAUAAACUACGACGAAAUAUAUUGUUGAUGAAGUGUUACUUCGUGUGUUGUAAGGUGGCCCGCAAGCAGCGAAUUUUACAAAAUUUGAGACAUCGUCAACAUUUCGUCGAAAAUUCGGACAUGUAUAGCUUGAAAGACUUGGUGGAUUUAUAUCAAGGGCGACUGUUACCGGAUGUUGAAAGAAUUAUACAAAUAUAUACAGAACAUAUCACGAAAGACUGUUUAAUCUGCAAAGGAAAAGGAUUCAUUUGCGAAUUAUGUGACGAUACUACUGUCAUUUUCCCAUUCUCCGAGAAUGUGGCUACCUGUCUGGAUUGCUUAGCUACUUUUCAUCAAGAGUGUUUCAACAGAAAAAGCAAACACUGUCCGAGGUGUUUGCGGCGAAAAUCUCGUGCACAUCCAAUGUCAUUGGUGGAUGAUGUUAUUUGAUUUCAAAUAAUUACGCCAUUCGAAAUCCCCAAGAUUUCAAUUCAUCUGCUUUUUAUUGUUAAAACUUUGAAUUGUAUAGGGUUAUUUUAUUCUGAUAUUCCACUAUUUCAUCUGGUUCAUAUAUCUGGUCUUUUCAGUAGCACACAUUUUACCUACAUGCAAUCGCACGGUUUAAUUAUAGUUUCCAGAGGGAUACUCAUGAUGAUAAGUGUAUAUGUUUCGUUUUAUCUGAU